AUGAACAGACACUACGACCAAGACAGUGCUUCCAUAGCAUUGCAGGAGCAGGCUUUGGCUUGCGGUCAAGACCAGCUUCCGGGAUUCCAUUUAGGGGUCCGCAAUGUAAAUGACAUCCUAGAAACCAUUCAUACACAGUGGAUUGCAGCGGAUAAUACCUGGAGGCUGCUCCAACACAACCAGAAGACCUCAGGUACUGAACUAGAGGCUGUUUGGCACCUCCACGGUAUUCUUGUGAAGAGGGAUCUUCCCCCGUUCACUCCCAGUCAUGUUGUCAAUUUAAAGAACAAAGCGAGAUUUUUGCAGCAAGGCGUUGCGAUCAGCGGCUUUGGCACAGCAAUCUUCGAUAAAGUUGCCACCGCCAUUGGCAAUAUCUCCGCGCAUUUUUCUCGAUAUGUCGGGGUUAACGACCUAUUGCCGUCUGAUAUUGUAGGCAGAGGGUUGGGAGGCACCGUCAUCCACGCCUCAAACCAGUACUUAACCCCGAGGUCUUCAGAUCUGAACGGGGAAACCUUAGAUCCAGGAAAAGAUGUGGAGUCUGACAGGAAUUCCUGGUUCUUGCAUGCAUGA